GUCUUUCCCCAUUCAUUUAGAUAGGAGCUGCACUGGCAUGAUUGGAAAUAGCUUCCCGAGAUCCUUCAAAAGAUGGCCGAUAUUGGACUGACUUGCUAGAAAGACUUUGACUUGACGCGCCCGGAAGUCUUGUUUUUCACGUUCGGUUCAUCAUUCUUGUUUUGUGUGUGGUGUUUUGUAAAGUAUUUACUGUUCAGUUUGAUCACCGUUGUCGUGUUGUUAGAAGUUAAAACAAACAUGACAGAGGAUGUACAGAAACACUCAGUGCACACGCUUGUUUUUCGCUCUCUAAAGAGAACUCAUGAUAUGUUUGUGUCGGAUCAUGCCGAAUCAAUAUCGCUGGACGAGAAGAGCCACAAGAUGAAGAUGGCAGCGAAGAUGAGGACAGAAUACGGACCUGUGUUGAAGGAGGGUAGGGAUAAAGGGCCACUCCACACUUCUGACCCAUAUGGCCAGCUGGGAUACCCUCUCUCUGACACAAGUUCAGAUUACCUGGUGACAGGAACUCAUCUGUACCCAUCUGCUCCAGGAGUGCUCCUCACUGCAGACACACAGAUGCAGAAGAUGCCCAGCGAAGCAGGUGUUCACUCCAUAGCUCUGGCCCUUCCUCCCUCUCAAGCAAGGCAGGAUGCCUGUCGAACUGCAGCCAGUGUGGGAGAUAUCCACAGACAUGCAGGAGGUGCAGAGAGAUCUCAACCUCCACAGCACGCACUGUCUCUUCUGGAAGGAGGAGGCACCAAGUAUUCUACACUGGUGGCUAAAAAGGCUCCUACAAUGCCCAAACCUCAAUGGCAUCCACCAUGGAAACUCUAUAGAGUCAUCAGUGGGCAUCUGGGAUGGGUCAGGUCUAUAGCAGUGGAGCCUGGUAACCAAUGGUUUGUGACUGGAUCAGCAGACAGAACUAUAAAGAUCUGGGAUCUUGCCAGCGGUAAGCUGAAGUUGUCUCUGACGGGUCACAUCAGCACGGUGAGAGGGGUGGCUGUCAGCACACGCAGUCCUUACCUCUUCUCAUGCGGGGAGGACAAACAGGUUAAAUGCUGGGAUCUGGAAUAUAACAAGGUUAUAAGACACUAUCACGGUCAUCUGAGUGCAGUUUAUGACCUUGACCUUCACCCUACUAUUGACGUGCUGGUGACCUGCAAUCGAGAUGCCACAGCGAGAGUUUGGGAUAUCUGGACCAAAGCAAAUGUCCACACCCUUUCUGGACACACUAACACAGUGGCUACAGUCAAAUGUCAGAAUGCUGAGCCACAGGUGAUUACUGGUAAUCAUGACACCACAAUUAGACUCUGGGAUCUGAUCGCUGGAAAGACGAGAGCCACACUUGCCAACCACAAGAAAUCUGUCAGAGCAUUAGUGCUACAUCCCAGACAGUACACCUUUGCUUCUGGGUCUCCAGACAAUAUUAAACAGUGGAAAUUUCCUGAUGGGAACUUUAUCCAGAAUCUUUCAGGACAUAAUGCCAUUAUCAACACACUUGCUGUCAAUUCAGAUGGAGUACUUGUGUCAGGAGCUGAUAACGGCACUAUUCACAUGUGGGAUUGGAGAACUGGCUAUAACUUCCAGAGAAUUCAUGCAGCAGUGCAGCCUGGUUCUCUGGAUAGCGAGUCAGGGAUCUUUGCGUGUUUAUUUGAUCAGUCUGAGAGUCGGCUAAUAACCGCAGAGGCUGACAAAACCACUAAAGUCUACAAAGAGGAUGACACAGCUACUGAAGAAUCCCACCCAGUUAAUUGGAAACCUGAGAUCCUGAAAAGAAAAAGAUUUUAGACUUCUGUAUUUCAUCUGUUUUUGUUCCGACAUAAAUAAACAGCAUGUCCACGAUUUAAGUGAAAUUGUCAGGGGACUUACCAUAAGA